UCGUUACCAUGACAACUCGGAUUCGUUCGUCUUCUUCCCUGAAAACAAGCCGCACACAGAAGUACAGCAGAAGACUGUUUAAAAUAUGACGAGAACACGCUGUGGGUCGCAACAAAAGUCUGUCUUGUGAAGCUGCUCCGGCUGCGCAGGGACUUCUUUCUUUUUCAAACCGGGAGCACCUGCACUAAAUACGGGCAGCGUUAAUGAUGGAAGCCCCGCAGGAAGACGUGGCUCCUGUCGGUGCCUCAGCGGGGACUGAAGGACAGGAGUUAAAAGCGUCAGAAGAAGCAAUCGCAUUCAUGUCCAGCAUCGAGCCUCAGAAGUGCAUGUUUGCAGACUCUCUGGUGACUGUGUCUGAAGGAGGCAGAGAUCUGGGAAAGUUCAGUGUUCAGGUGGAGUUUGGCCGCAGACUCCAGCAACCCUGUCUGCUGCUGCAUGCUCAGAGCCACGGAGCCAUUGAUAACUGCCCCUGUGGGACAACAGUGACAGCCUACCUAACCUCUGACCUGGAGGUGCUGGAGGAAGAUUUCCACGAGUAUGUCAAGGUCAACGGCCACAGUCUGGACAAGAGGUGUCACAUGGUGCAGCGUGACGGGCAGAUGGUGAUCGAUAAAGUCACAACUGUGGGAGAGGAGGUGACAAAGGAGAGUGUUUCUCAUCCCAUGUCAGUCCUAAGAGGGCUGGUAACUGAGGGCUCCACCUUGCUGCUGAUGCGUCUCAUGGCUCUGAGGAAGAAGGUGCCAGAAAACAUGACGUUUGUCUCCUUGGACCAACGAUUGCACGUCAUCCACACCACCUUUAGUGAGCUGGGAGUGAAGCAGCUGGAGGUUGGAGGUGAGACACUGGAGGUGUUUGGGGUGGAGAGGAUUGUUCAUUCUGUGGAGGACAGUCCUACCGCUUGGCACUGCUACUUCCUGGAUGACGGACACUUGGCCAGCAGAGUGCAGGUGGGAUCACCAGUCACCAUGAUGCUUCUGGAGCUUCCAUCAAAAAUAGAAAAAGGUUUUGAAAAGAUCCCCCUAAUGUGGGAAGAAGACAUGCAGAUGCGUUCAGAGUUCCUGGACAGAAAGGAGGAACUGAAGGCUGGUCACGCCUCAUACCUGAGACAGCAUCCAGAGAUCAGGGCCCUCAUGUCUGACUUCCUGCAGUUCUUGUUGCUGAGGAAACCUGAUGACGUCUUUCAGUUUGCCAGAGAAUACUUCCUUCCUUUUGCAUCUCGCCGUCCUCCAGAAGCAGACCCAAAAGCCGAGUCGCUUUAAAGGCACACUUAAGGGGACAUCUCACAUGUUUCAAAACUCAGCCUUUUUCCCAGUUAAUUUAUCACAUUGACUCACACUGAAGUUUAAUAUUCACACUUGUUUUUUUAUUUUUCUUUUAAAUGAUAGAUAAUUAGUGGUAAGAAGGGAAACAUAGUGGAGAGGAGCAGUAACUUUCAAAUUUGUGGCUGUGUGAUCUUUUCAGAGAACUUUAGUGAUCUGAAUAAACUGAUUUGUGUCAAUAA